GAGUGCUGCACCUCGGACGACGGAAGUAGUUCGCCGGGCGGAAGCUUAUCCACAGGAAGUAGCGGGAGUGCUUCCUCUUCCGGUCUCUUUGGCCUCGGCGGCAGAAGCAAGAUGACGAAAGGAACGUCAUCCUUCGGAAAGCGUCGCAACAAGACGCACACGUUGUGCCGCCGCUGUGGCUCUAAGGCCUACCACCUUCAGAAGUCUACCUGUGGCAAAUGCGGCUACCCGGCCAAGCGCAAGAGAAAGUAUAACUGGAGUGCCAAGGCUAAGAGACGAAACACUACCGGGACUGGGCGGAUGAGGCACCUAAAAAUUGUCUACCGAAGAUUCAGACAUGGAUUCCGUGAAGGGACAACCCCUAAACCCAAGAGGGCGGCUGUUGCAGCAUCCAGUUCAUCGUGAGGAUUUCAAUCUGUCAUAAAAUAAAUGUUCUGGUUUCCAAAAUUAUGUGUGGU